CUUUAUUUCUUCUUUCGAUCGAGAUGAUGCAGUUACAAUAUUUAUUAAAUAAUCUAUUUUAAUCAUGAUGAUUUACUGCCUUACCUUUUUAUGCUUCUUUUUACUUUAUAUUCUUUUUGAUGUGAACUAUUUCAUAAGGAUGGCUUGUACGAUCGGAUGGAGCAGACUUUUCCAUAAGAGAAGAAAACUGUUGGAGAAGACCAUAAUUUAUGGCUUAUGCUUGACGUCGGACGUAGACAUAUUCCUGAAGCACAUGAACAAUGCGAGGUACCUUCGCGAGCUGGACUUUGCACGCUCCUGCUUCUACGAUUCCUCGGGCAUUUUCGCGGAAAUUAGACGGAAGGGUGGAAGCGUCUUGCAGACGGCGACCUCCAUUCGUUAUCGCCGACCCAUACCUGUCUUCUCGCCGUAUAAGAUAACCGCGCAGCUAGUCCACUGGGACGACAAGAGUCUCUACAUCGAGCACGAGUUCGUGAGUUUGUCGGACGACUUUGUGUACACCACCGCUCUAAGCAAACAGAGUGUCAUGGGGCCGAAGGUCCACAUACCCGAUAUAAUCGAGAAAAUCGAACCAGGUACCCGUCUGCCGGAACCCAGCGAGGAGCUCUCGCUGUGGCUCAAGUCUAUAGACGAAUCGUCUCUCAAAUUUAAGAGGAUAAGACAGGAUAAGGAUUCGGAGAAGAACGACGGAGAGAAAGAUGACGUUGAAGUUUUUCUGUCAAAUCCUGCUUAAGGCCGGAGAUUUCAUUGAUCCACUUUUCCUCAUUUCUUUUCUUGAAUAUGACGGAAAGAAACACAAAUAAGAUAUUUUUACGAAGAAAUUUCAAGUAUUAUUGUUUUAAUCGCACAGUCAAAACAUAUUUUUCAUUAAUCAAGUAUUGAGAAUACGAUGGUCGUAUCGAGAAUUGUUAUGUAAACGUCGACCGAAUACAAAAAUGUUUAUUGGAAGCAUUGUGAUUAUUUUUCUUCCGACAGUCAAAAGCCUCCUUGUGUAAUUUAUUCGUAUCACGCACCAAGAGAAAUGCCGCCGCGAGGAUGGGGAGUGCGCUCUUAAGCCUUUCCAUUCACACAGCAGGACCAUUUCCUGUUCCUUUAUUAUGAUGCCGGAGAAUACACCUUUAUUUUUUCAUUUCUUUUGCAGGUUUGACAUUUUCAUUGAGGAAGCCCAAAGUGAUUUUCACACCAUCAAUCAAAAUUCCUGCUUACCCUUUUAAUGCAUUAUUGUAUGUUUAACCCCUUUACACUUUUUUAUACAAUUAUUGAUAAAACAAAUAAUUCAGCAUGGCAACUACUUAUAAUAAGGUGUUUGCAUUGAAUAAAAUUUGAAUACCACUAGUGCACGUAAUCGACCAACAUCGCCAUAAUAAUCCGAGCAGCUCCAAAAGCAAAAAAGGAAAAUCACCAAAAAUCCGGAACGCCAGUGUGGCCCAGCGCCGAAAGAUGCCGCCGCGGUCACACCAGCCGGUGAACGGAGUGCAGCGAGAAGGCGCGCAGCAGCGGCGGCUUUAGUCCGCGAUCGCUGACUCCGCCGGCCCCUCUCGUGAACCUCUCGCGACUCUAGUGCACACAGUAUAAUCGCAGCAGACAGGAGAACCGCUCUUCGACAGUUUGCCCGAUUCGCACGUUGCGAGCUGUUUAUCCCGUUGCGACAGCACCGAGUCUCAUCUGCGCAGAGAAGAGUUUAGCGAGCGGCCGCCUGCCAAGAUGGGUCGCACCGGCUACACGUGCAUCAGGCACGUCUUCUGCUCGCUCAAUGUCCUCAUUUGGCUAUGCGCCUGCGGAAUGCUGGGAGCCGGCCUCUGGAUGAGAUUCAGCUAUCCGUACGCGUACGGUACGCUGGUCCCGCAGCACAGUUACGCCUCGUCGGACGUGCUGGUACUGGCGACCGGAUGCUUCACCUUCGUCGUCGCCUUUUUCGGAUGCUGCGGCGCCUGGUUCCAGUCCAGGUUCCUGCUGAUCACGUACUUCAGCCUGGUCAUACUUAUCUUCAUGGCUGAGUUUAUGCUGGGCACGCUGGCAUUCGUCUUCAAGGACCAGGUCGGUGACAACAUGAAGUCGCAGCUGCGCUACGGAAUCUCGGAGCAUUACACCGAGGAAAAUAUGCACGAGAGUGGUACCUUCUCCAACUUCUGGGAUUACAUUCAAUCCACGUUCCAGUGCUGCGGCGUCGACAAGUACUACGACUGGUACAACAUCAAGGCCUGGCCGCGGGAGGAGCGAGUGCCGGACUCGUGCUGCGUUCACCGCGAGCGCUACUGCGGCAAGCAGUACGACAACGACGACCGGCAGCUGAACUGGUACCAGGACGGCUGUCUCUCGGCGAUCCAGAUCUGGCUGGUCCAGCGACUUCACUUCGUCGGCACCGUCGGCCUGGUCAUCGGAUUCCUCCAGCUCUUCGGCCUCAUCGCCAGCAUGAUCCUAUUCUGCACGGUCAGGCACAAGCGAUCCACGCACACCUACAAAAGUUACGAUACCACGACGACCUAAGCCCCCCUCUUGCUCCUUUGCAGUGAAAGAAGGUCUCGCUUAGGCCGCGCCGGAGAGAUUUCAUGUACAGCGCGCGUAACGCGCCCUUUUUUAUUCCUUUCUGUCGCAUUCCGCAGCUCAUCGACAGGCGCAGCAAGCGGGGCUCCACUGUCGCGCUCUGCCGCUUCUGGAUGCGGGCCGCCGACUGAAAGGCCUCCUCUUUUCGGCCCGCUAAGCGCUGCGCUACCAUUACGACAACUACUACUACUGCUACUACUACUGUAUCCACCCAGACGACGACUGCGUUUACCCCCAUUUCUCUACCCACCACUGCUACUACCGCUACUACCACUACUACGCUUCUGCAGUUUUCUGUUUGCGACUCGGACUUUUAAGCGACGGCCCCUCCUACUGCGACGCGUAUGGCACUGUCGAAGAUUUUUUUCGCAUGGAUUAUUGUAUUUUUAUUGUUGUGUAUUCUCUAGUUGCUUUGUUCGUAUAAUAGUAGUCGUAUAAAUGUAAUGCAGAGCUUUUUGGCUGGACUUUUGUUUGCUUGCUCACGGACACUGACGAAGAUUCCCGCUUUACCGACACUUGUGUUCACUAAGAUUACGCGCCAAGAACGGUUCCCCGAAGAUUCCAAGCUCAAACAAAAGUCCAAGAUUCUCAUACCAAAAGCCAUCGAUGUGUUCCUCUCUCCGUAAAUUCAAAAAUCGUGUCUCCACGACGAAUCUUCGACAGUGCACACGACGAGUGAAUGGAUGACCGAGUGAGUGACGAUGAGUUCAUACUCAUGCAGACAAUCCAACAACACGAGCACAAGCACACGUAUAAGCUGGUUGGCAUGUAGUACACCGACGUAGAUGAAUAUGCGAUGUGAUACGUCCGCGCACUAUUAGAUAAUCGUGGCACACGCGAGUUUUACCUGCCCUUCCUAUACUCACCUCGUUACGAUAUGACGACCUGUCGGGUCAUACGCACCUGAAGUAUGAUUUACAUUUGUAUUCGCCGCGCUGACGUAUUGCGUUUCGAAGCUUGCACUGAUGUCUUCCGCUGCACGCAUGACGGAUGAUGGAUCGAGUGGCGACGCUCGAUUUCGCUCCGGGUCGAUGCACGCUGCGAACGUGUGCGUACUCGGUUUCGAAGUACACUGGAAUAUGUAACGAUGAAAGCGAUCAUGAAAAGUUCGCGGUUUGAAAGUCUAUCGUUGUUGAGCAAGAUGUGCCAUUGAUGGAUUUCGAGAAAAAGUUUGAAGAACACACGCGACGCAUGGGAUUGUACUGCACGAAAGCAUUGUCGGAAACUUUUAUAACUGGAUGUUUCAUGCGAUACUGAUGCAGAUCUUUACAUGUAAAAUUACAACGUUUUUUCAGGACAAUUGAAUCCGCAGCAAUGACGAUUCAGCAGUCUACUCUUUGCAGCUUUCUCAUAUAGUUUUCCAAAAUUUCAAGACUCUCUACUGCGAUAAAUAUCACGCUACUGCUAUGAAAUUUUACUCUUACGUAUGAAUAUACUACUGUUAGUAGAGCACAAUGCACCGAUGGAAUGUGAAAUAUCUAGUAGUACACCUCACGACCCGACGAUCGUCCGAAAAUGUGAAUAUUGUUAACCGUUGUAAUAAUUAUCAUACAGUUUAACGAAAUGGAUACAGUUUUGUAAAAGUUUGUACUCUAGCGCUGUGUAUACGUGUCGUCGUGUGAAUGUAUAUGUACUCGCCUACUUUAGAAGAUAAGGAAGACAAAAUUUGAUUAAAAAUUACUGUAUCGCGAUUGAGAUGUACUGGAAAUAUUUCAAUCGUACAACGCAAAGACCAAAAAUGAAAGUUUCGGGCGAGUAUUUCUAACUGUCAGAUAUGUCGUAAAAGUACACAACCGGACGUUGUAGUUAGCUCGUAGAGAUUAGUCUGAAAUUCGCUAUCGCGUGUAAACUGCAUUUAGCUUUAAAAACAGUCCGGUUAGUCGAGAUCCACGUUCGCUUUUUUCGCAAGACGAAUGAAUGUGUCUGUGUUCUAGAGUGUAAAAUCGUGGAGAUACCAACAUGAUAUUUCUGUCAAUCUCAAUAAUUCCUACUUUGUCAAUUGCUGUAUAAUGCAACGUCAUUGAACAAGUAUUUACCCCUUCCUUGCGUAUAAGUGUUCAUUCACGAUUUUUUUUUCCUGCGUAUUAUCAUACAACUAGACAUAUAAGUAUUAUAAAUAAUGUGUUUAUACGUAAAUCGUACUGUUAGGUAAUGUUGAUUUUUAUAGAUAUUCUAUACAUAUACUCGAAUUAUGAUAUACGAAAAAAAUAAUUGCUUGGAAACGCGAUGUGCGAGCCAAUGUCGAAAGACUCGCGUUUUGCUUCAUAAUUGUAGAGCGCGGAAUGAAAAAAAACGCAAUUUUUACUACUGAUACUGAUUGAUAUGAGAAAUAGUUGCUAUCAUAAUAUAUACAUGUAUAUGGCGAUGUUUUGACGAAAAAAAAUUAUGAAAAUCUUUGUUAAAACUAUAUAAAGAACUUUUAUAAAUACACUUUUUACACAAUUUACGCAA